AUGUCUCCUCAGCAGACUCGUGGAUUAAGCAAACGCGGACGCAGAUCGACAAUGCCGCUGGAACAACGACAAGCCAUGAGGAGGGUCAAAAAACGGGAUCUUGAAAGACGUCGGCGAGCAGGUAUUUCGAAGAAAAAGAUAGAGUUACAUGACAUAGCGAUGUCAUUGGUUGGUGGAGACCCACGUAAACAGAGUCGGCUAGAUACGUCCAGUCAACUCACCGACUGCAUACAGGUACUUCAGAGUCUGUUGUACGUGAUCCGUGAAAUGCCUGAAGUACAGGCCAGACUAAGAACAGCGUAUGGACGACUAUUCUGUUUGAGAAUGGACCCUUCAGUCGACAAAGACAAGGAAAAUAUGCCUCCACCAACGCCAAUCCAACCAUCGAGCGUGCUUACUGGAAAGACUCUGAAAAUCGAAAAUGAUAGUCCCGAGAGUGGAUACCACGGCAGUUUCGCCAGCUGCCUCCAACAGCAAAGCCACAAUCAGGCCAACUUCAGUGCCGACACCGACGUCACCUGCACACCGAUUCGUCGGCUUCAUGAUGGAAAGCACCAUCAACUACCACUUAGUCAAAUCCGAAAUAGAUCCAAAACUCAAGACUACCCGAUGGAUCUCAGCCUUCCCAAACGUCAUGACAAGGAUCCCCAGUUAUGGAGACCCUACGAGACUUGA